AUGACCAGUGGUGGUGAUGCUCCUGGUAUGAAUGCAAACGUUAGAGCAAUGGUCAGAGCUGCAAUUUACAAAGGUUGCAAACCUUUUGCUAUUUACGAAGGUUACGAAGGUCUAGUCAAAGGUGGUUCAGACUACAUCAAAGAACUAUCCUGGAAUGAUGUUAGAGGUUGGUUAAGUGAAGGUGGUACCAACAUUGGUACUGCAAGAUCAAAAGAAUUCAGAACUAAAGAAGGCAGGUUGAAAGCUGCAAAAAAUUUAAUCGAUGCAGGCAUUAAUGCUUUAAUAGUCUGUGGUGGUGAUGGUUCAUUAACCGGUGCUGAUCUUUUUAGAUCAGAAUGGCCUGAGCUACUUUCAACUCUACUAAAGUCCAAUCAAAUCACUCAAUCCCAACAUCAAUCCUUUAAAUAUUUAAACAUCUGUGGUACUGUCGGUUCAAUCGACAACGACAUGUCAAGUACCGAUGCAACCAUUGGUGCCUAUUCCUCUUUGGCACGAAUCUGUCAAGCAAUCGAUUAUAUCGAUGCGACUGCAAACUCCCAUUCAAGGGCUUUUGUUAUAGAAGUAAUGGGCAGACACUGUGGUUGGUUAGCCUUAAUGGCAGGUAUUGCAACAACCGCUGACUAUAUUCUAAUCCCUGAAAAACCAGCUUCUUCAAAAGAAUGGCAUGAACAAAUGACUGAAAUUGUUGCCAAACAUAGAAAAAGAGGCAAAAGAACAACAAUUGUUUUAGUGGCAGAAGGUGCUAUAACUUCUGAUCUAAAACCAAUCACCUGCACUGAAGUCAAAGAUAUCCUAGUUGAAAAACUAGGUCUAGAUACAAGAAUCACAACUUUAGGUCAUGUUCAAAGAGGUGGUACAGCUGUUGCUUACGACAGAAUUCUAGCAACGUUGCAAGGCUUUGAAGCGAUUGAAGCUGUUUUACAGUGCACACCAGAUACUCCAUCUCCAAUGAUUGCAAUUGAAGAAAAUAAAAUUAUCAGAAGACCUCUAGUUAAUGCCGUUAAAUUGACUAAAUCCGUUGCUGAAGCAAUUAAUAAUAAAGAUUUCAAAAAAGCAAUGCAAUUGAGAGACUCAGAAUUUGUUGAGCAUUUACACAAUUUCAUGGCAAUGAACUCUGCUGAUCACAACAACCCAUCUUUGCCUUUAGAAAAACGUUUAAAUAUCGCGAUUAUCAAUGUUGGUGCUCCGGCAGGUGGAAUGAAUAGUGCAACCUACUCAAUGGCCACUUAUUGUAUGUCAAGAGGUCACAAACCAUUUGGAAUCUAUAAUGGUUUCACCGGAUUGACAAGGCAUGAAUCAAUUAAACCUUUAAAUUGGCUAGAAAUCAUCAACUGGAAUAACGCUGGUGGAUCGGAAUUGGGUACAAAUAGAACAGUUCCUGAAGAGAGCGAUAUUGGUUUGAUAGCCUAUUAUUUCACCAAAUAUAAAAUUGAUGGUUUGAUCAUCGUUGGUGGUUUUGAAGCAUACACAUCAUUACACCAGUUGGAACGUAAUAGAGUCAACUAUCCUGCCUUCAGAAUCCCAAUUAUUCUAAUUCCUGCAACAAUUUCAAACAAUGUUCCUGGAACAGAACAUUCUCUUGGAACAGAUACAUGUCUAAAUUCAUUAGUCGAGUACUGUGAUACCAUCAAACAGAGCGCUUCAGCAUCGAGAAAUAGAGUUUUUGUUAUUGAAGUUCAAGGAGGAAAUUCAGGUUAUAUUGCCACAUCGGCAGCAUUGGCAUGUGGUGCCCAAAUUUCCUAUGUUCCAGAAGAAGGAAUUUCAUUGGAUCAACUAGAAAUGGAUAUAAAUUCGUUGAAACAAAUUUUCAUUAAUUCAGAAGGCAAGUCCAAAUCUGGGAAAUUGAUUUUGAAAUCGGCCAACGCAUCAAAGGUUUUAACAACAAACGUUUUGGCUAGUAUCAUUAAUAGUGAAAGCAGCCACAGAUUCGAGGCCAAAACUGCGAUUCCUGGACAUGUUCAACAAGGUGGAAUGCCUUCCCCAAUUGACAGAACAAGGGCUGCUAGGUUAGCAGUUAGAGCUGUCCAGUUUAUUGAGACUAAAACCGAGAUUUUGCUGCCAUUCAAAAACUGCGACUCAUUCAAUUUACUAAGCGACGAUGAUAUUCAUAAGAUUGUCAACACUGCUGCCGUUUUGGGUAUCAAGAGAAGCAAACUCAAAUUCACCAACAUUAGACAUCUCUAUGAUUUCGAAACUAAUGUCAAAAAGAGAAUGCCCAAGGAUAUCCACUGGAGCUAUAUCAGGGACAUCGCCGACCAACUAGAGGGAAGAAUCACAAUCAAACACUAG